AUGACGACCUCCGCAAUCUUCGAAAAGCUGGCAUUGCACGUAUCAGGCAAACAUAUGGUCCCUGCUUUACCCGCCUUCAUCUACGGGACAGCAUGGAAAAAGGAAGCAACGGCUGAUCUCGUCUAUCAGGCCCUUUGCAACGGUUUCACGGCCAUUGAUACCGCCGCUCAACCCAAGCACUACCGAGAAGAUCUGGUCGCGGCGGGUAUAUCAAGAGCAAUCAAAGAUGACAAGGUCAAGCGGUCUGAAAUUUACAUCCAGACCAAGUUCACCAGCGUGGCAGGCCAAAAUCCAGAGAACAUGCCAUACGACCCCAAGAGCCCGCUUCCAGAGCAAGUGAAUGCCUCGGUCAUCUCGUCCCUCAAGAACUUCAAUUUUGCACAUGUAGUCGAGGGAGACGACACGGCGGAGCCCUACAUUGAUACGCUCGUUCUACAUUCACCCAUGCCGACCAUCAGCGAGACCUUGGAAGUCUGGCAGGCACUGGAGCAGUAUGUGCCCGACAAGAUUCGAAACCUGGGCAUUUCCAACUGCGACCUGUUCACAUUAAUGGACAUCUACGAGCGUGCCCGCAUCAAGCCAAGCGUGGUUCAGAAUCGCUUUUACCCAAGCACCAAAUAUGACAUUGGAGCGCGUCAAUUCUGUAGGGAGAAGAACAUCAUCUAUCAAAGCUUCUGGACACUGUCGGCCAACCCGAACCUCGUCGGGUCGAAAGAGGCAGGCCGUUUGGCAAACCAGCUGGGCAUCAGUCCCCAGUCGGCCCUGUACUGUCUGGUGCUGGGACUGGGGAAUGUGACCGUCCUCAACGGGACCAAGAGUGCUCAGCAUAUGCAGGAGGACUGGAGAGCUGUGACGGUGGUGAAGGAGUUCGCGCAGUCUCACCCUGAAGAAUGGGACAAGACAAUGACAGGUUUCCGAAAACUGAUCGGGCAGCCGAAGCCCUAG